GGCACUGACUGGCAUCACUGCUGGGCACUGACUGGCGGCACUGACUGGCACAACCCCUGGGCACUAACUGGUGGCACUGACUGGCAGCACUGGUGGGUGGGCACAUGUGGGUGGCACUGCUGGGCACAGGUGGGUGGCACUGCUGGGCACAGGUGUGUGACACUGCAGAGUGGCACAGGUGGGUGCACUGCUGGGCACAGGUGGGUGCACUGCUGGGCACAGGUGGGUGAUCUGCUGGGCACAGGUGGGUGGAGCUUGCGGGUGGCACUGCUGGGCACCGAUCAUCAGGGCACUGAUCAUCAGUGCCCUGAUGAUUGGUGCCGAUCCCCGCUCUGACAACUGCCGGUUCUCGGCAGUACUUUCCUCACGAUCUGACAGCGUGAGGAAAGUGCAGCCGAGAACCGGCACUUGCAU